AUGGCGGCGCCACUGGCCGAAGCCAUCAGAUCAGGAUCCGUACCAGAUGUCAUCCUCAAGCACUAUCACGACGCCGAUGAAGCGAUGAAAGCCUUCGAAAGCCAGCAGGGAGAAGUCAUGGCCAUCGAUGAGGCUACGAACAAACGCCUCCUCCGCCGCAUCGACUGGAACCUCAUGCCGAUCAUGUGUGUUAUAUACGGCUUGCAAUUCUUGGACAAAACCACGAUCAGCUACGCCUCAAUCAUGGGUCUGCGAGACGACAUCGGUCUAACCGGCGACAACUAUCAGUGGCUUGGCUCCAUGUUCUACUUCGGAUACCUUGCCUGGGAGUACCCUACCAACCGUCUCUUACAAAGACUGCCUCUGGGAAAGUACAGUGCGACAUGCAUCAUCCUCUGGGGACUAGUACUUGCCUGCUUUGCGGCCGUCAAGAACUUCAGUGGCGCGGUGGCGAUACGCUUCCUGUUAGGUCUGACUGAGUCUGCUGUCACGCCUGGCUUUGCUUUCAUCACGAGUCAAUGGUACACGAAAGCUGAGCAGGGCCUGCGAGUAGGCAUUUGGUUCUCCUUCAAUGGCGUUGCUCAGAUUGUAGGAGGUGUCGUAGCUUAUGGCAUUGCCGUUGGUACGGAGAGACACCCUACCUCGCUGUCAGGUUGGCAGAUCCUGUUUCUGGCAACGGGUCUUGUCACUGCCGCAAUCGGGAUCGUGUUCUUCUUCAUAGUCCCCGACAAUCAGUUGAACGCUCGCUGGCUGAGCAAGGAAGAUCGAGUAUUGGCACUGGAACGUAUCCGAAUCAAUCAGCAGGGCGUUGGUAACAGACAUUUCAAAUGGUACCAGAUGAAAGAAGCUCUACUUGACCCGAUGGCCUGGGCUUUCACUGCAUAUGCAUUAGUUGCAGACAUUCCAAAUGGUGGGAUCACGAACUUCUUCUCACAGCUUAUCACAUCAUUCGGGUACACUGAGAAGCAGUCGCUCUUAUACGGAACCCCUGGCGGUGCUGUUGAAAUCGUUACGCUGCUGUUCGCGGGCUACUUUGGCGACAAGCUGCACAACCGCAUCCUCCUGUCCUCUCAUGGAUUAGUCCUUGCGAUCAUCGGGAUGGUCUUGAUCGUUGCUCUGCCUCUGGAGAACAACAAUGGUCGCUUAGCAGGAUACUACCUGACACAAGCCAGCGCGGCGCCCUUUGUGUGCUUCCUCUCCAUGAUCGCCACGAACGUCGCUGGCUACACGAAGAAGACCACCGUCGCCGCGAUGUAUCUGAUCGCAUACUGUGUUGGCAACAUCAUUGGACCACAGACCUUCCGACCCAAGGAUGCCCCUCGCUACGUCACGGCCGAGAUCACAAUCAUCGUCUGCUGGUGCGUCUCGUUAUGCAUCAUGGUCUUCAUCUACGUCUGGUGUCGGACGCAGAACGCGAAGAAGGCCAAGAUUCGAGCUCAGCUUGGAUACGUGAAGUUGGAGAAUCAGGGAUGGUUGGACCUGACGGACAGAGAGAAUCCCGAGUUCACAUACACCCUAUGA